AAUAUAAACGUGAGCUGUUGUAAUUAUUACGUUACAUAUAUACCUGUAACUAAUAAAACCCAGUUACUGUUAAACGAAGGUGUAAACUGACGUUAGAAAUGUGGAGAAAUGUGCGUUUCGAAAGAGGACAAUGUAAUGAAGGGGUAGAAUGAUAAUGUACAAUGUGGGACAUUGCGUUUAUUCUGCCGAUUGUGGGUAUUUCUUCUAAAUCUAAAUCACAUUUAUAUUUCGAACCCGCCGUGCAAAGUACAUCGAGUUAUUCUGACAUGAAUACAAAAUUUGUGCUAAAUGGUUUUGAGUUGGGUGAUAUAUUUCAUGCCACUGAAGGAAGAGUAACUUACCACAGUACUGUGUAAAUGAACUCGACUUUAACUACAUGAACAUUAAAACGUGUUUUUAUAGUACAGUACAAAUUAUUAUUCCAUGAGCACAAACUGUAUGACCCGCUGUUUUAAAAUGUUGAUAUUCGUCGACUAAGCUAAUUUCUUUGUGUUAAUGAUGGAAUUCUGCACAUAAAUCAUCUAUCGCAGACCACUGUGGAGAUUUUCUUUUCAUGGAAAUGCGAACGCAAUGCUAGCAUGCACUUGCCAAGCCACGCAUUUGAAAUUCACGUCAGUUUCGCUGAUUGCUUCAGUUUAAUAAAAUAUGCAGCAACGUGUGUCUCACGACAGUGACUAUGAAGAUUAUUGUAUUAUUUUAUGUGACGCCAUUUAAUCUGGUGGUUCGUUACCGUCCUUUCGGAUGAACCUACUGCCUCCACCUUGGAGUUAAUACAGUGUGUGUUAUCAUUAUUCAGACUGGGACCGCGUUUUGAACUCUCAGUGAACUUCCAAUUGCUGUCACGCUGUAACACAAACUGUUUCAUUGCUUUAAGAAGAAGAAACUUUGUUGUGACUGUGUUUGUCACCAUCUUUGUGACUGGAGCAACUUCAUGUGCCGCCAGUAGUUGUAGUCAGCGUUCCGGUGAACACAGAAGCUCUCAUGCGAGGCAGGACUUCGAGCUUGGGACGUGGCAGUACGAGCGACAACCAGAAGGUGAUGAUUUCGCAGUCAUCGGGAGGCAGGUUGCCUGAGGAAUGAAGAUUGAAAUAGAGCCGGCCACUUCAGCUACUUCGAUCCUUCUCUUUUAAUAGCCAUUAAGUCCAGCCUUCUGAUCCUAUAAAACUGUCCAUGACUGAAGCGUCGCAGUUUCUACAUCAGGCACUAGAUGGCAGGGCAUACUGGCGGUCUGUGACGGUGCUGCUACCUGAUACUUGGCCCUCAAACUGCAUAGCCCGCCCUGUGGUAGGUGCGAGUGGAGAGAAGGCGGAUAUUUUGAUUGGCGUGCCUCAUCCCGUGUUCGGAAACGCACCCUGGACACAGCAGUCUCAGGGAUGUGGGCAACCUGGCGACAAGAUCCAUCUCAGCUAUAGACAGCUGCAGAAUAUCGGUCGCUCACUUGUACAGCAAUGGGCAAAGUACCGCUAUGGUGUGUUUGAUGAAGUGGGCUACCAGUCUGAUUCUGUUUACCCACUUUGCUACAGGGGUGAUCGUGGCCAAAAUCAAGUCACUGGCUGUUCAGAUCUUCCAAUCCAGGACAUGGGGAUGUGUGAGAAUCCAGGUUCAUGGUACAACUUCAGUGAACUGGUGCAUCCUGAUGCUAGCUCAUCCAUUAUGUUUACUGCAGAGGCCCCCCAGCUGAAUAGAUUCUGUGAUGCAAGCACCCACAACAGAUAUGCGCCAACAAAACACAACCUCAUUUGCAACCGGAGGAGUAUGUCAGAUGUGAUCAUACAGCACACAGACUUUGUCAACAGUGUUGAAGAUUCAUCUGUGGUGACAAACACAACACCAGUGUUCCAUUACAAGAAACGCCUUUUAACAAGGUAUGUGCUGGUGAUUGAAGGCACACAGGAUAUGCAUAUACGUGAAUCAUGGACUUUCCUGCGAUUGGCUAUACGCAAGUGGGCAGGUCAUGACCUUCCAGCAAACACAGAGGUGGGACUUGUACUCAGCAAUGAUACAACAGGACAUCGUCUCCUGCCACUGUCUCCACUCAGUACACAUGUGAGGAGUCAAGUCUCUGGGAAUAUUCCGUUUACUCCAGGAGAUUCCCAUAAUGCAGCUUGCCUUCACUGCGGCAUACGUCAGGCUCUUGACAUGCUUCAUGAACGUUAUCUCAUGAGGGGACCUGCCAGUUCCGUUAUAGUGGUGAUAGCUCCUGGCAUGGAUCACUCUAUUGAGAUAGACCCAUUACUGAGUCUGGCUGUCGAUGAGGGUGUCCGCAUUGCUACUAUCAACUACCCGGCCAUUCUCCGUCCUCUCCCUCUUGACCGUCUAGCACAUGCUACAGGUGGUCCAUACUACACAGUGCAGGAGCAGCGCUACAAUAUUGCCACCUCAUAUGUAUCAACAUAUUUUAAGCUGGCAAAUGUGAUGUUCAGCAUUGCAACACAGUUCUAUCAGGGCAGCCUAGCAGGCAUGCCAUUGGAGAUCCACAGGCGAGAAUUGUCUGAUGAUGGACGCAGCAGUGUGACAGGAAGCUUUGUGCUAGAUGAGUCACUUGGCGAGCCUGCGCAGUUCACUGUUUUCACUCACAACAUUGAGAAUCCGCUGAUACGAGGCAUCUCACUUGUAAGCCCGUCCCAGGUUGUCUACUCAGCUCAGUCAGAUUCUCUGGUUGCUGUCAGGCUGCUCACACUCUCUGCAAAUAUCAAUGAGACGGGCAGCUGGACAUACACCAUUGAGCGCUUUACAGGGAAUCCCCAGCCCCACUUUGUACAGGUGAUGGCAACUCCAAGGUCUUCAACAGCUCCUGUUGUCCGAGCUCAUGCCUGGACUAGCCAAGGAGUUUCCCCAUUGGUCCUCUACACCGAGGUGAAGCGUGGUGACUAUCCAGUGCUUGGUGCUAAAGUGGAGGUGACAGCCAUCCAUCCUUCAAGCAAUGGCUCCAGCCUGCACAAGGAGAAGUUUGAGCUACUUGACACAGGCAGUGGGGACCCUGAUGUUACAAAGGGAGAUGGAGUGUACACACGUUACUUUAAUGUAGGUCAUGGUGGACCAGGUGUGUACACAUUUGAGGUGACAGUUACAGACAAUGGCAAUACCGCAUACUCCUGGCAAGAAACACUGUCCCUACCGUCAUCAGACUCAGGUGUACGGUGUUGUGGUAGUGUGGUGCCAACACCAGCUGUGCAACCACUUGCGCCCUUCCAGAGAGUGUUACCUCCAAUCUCUAUCACUUUGUCACAUGAUGAUAUAUCAUCACAGCCCAUCGUGGGUCGUAUUGGUGAUCUCCGUGUGGAGAUACUUGCUGCUGACCUAAAAGCUCGCCUCACAUGGACUGCUCCUGAUAUGGGUGGUUUACCUGUGGCUCGUUAUGAGCUUAGGUAUGCCCGAACAAUAACUGAUAUCAUUGACCGUUUUGAAAUAUCUAUGUCUUGGGAAUAUGGUACUCCUUUUCCAUUAGCUCCUGGUUCUGAAACAUCAUUCACCCUUGACUUUACAAGAAAUCCAUCACUGUUAGAUAUUCCCUUGUUUUAUUCUAUUCGUGGGUUUACAGAUAGCUCUGAAAAUUCUGUUGGUGGUCCCAUUUCAAACUGGGUUCGUGUUCUUGUCCCAUCACCUCCGCCACCACCCCCACCACCUUCUACACCCCCAACAUCCACUUAUGACCUUUCGUCAUACUCUAAUGAAGGUGAUGACGAUGACACUAUUGUUCCUCGUAUCGCCAAGGACUCUGACUUUGGGUUGGAGUUAAUAUUGCCUAUUGUUGGAGGAGUGGCCCUUUUAACAAUUUGCAUCGCUGUGUACUGCUACUUAUGUGUUCUUCGGCGACGCCACGGGAACUCUGAUAAGAAAGCAGAAAGUAAAGGGAAGCAUUCCAGUAACAGAAAGCAACAAGUGACAUCACAGAACACUGCUGUAACUAUUGUGCCUUCAUCUCCUAUAUCAGCAAACAAUGGUAACAGCAGUUUGAGUCUAUCUCCAUCCCAGACUCAGGAGCCAAAUGGACUGCCACAGUUUGAUCAGUGCCUUGGUGAAGAGAAGAAACGAUUCAGUGUGGCACAGCUUCAGCAAGAGGAACAGAUGUUGCAGCAACAGCAACAGCAGCAGCAGCAGCAGCAGCAGCAUGCAACGCCACAUAUCGUACCUAACCCUAAUGCCAGUGGUAUCAGCACCAUAUCAAACGGUACCAGCACGCUAGUCCGUGGUCGAACACUCAGCCCAUACCAGUCUUGGACAGCUUCACAGCUACUGCAUGAACAUGAACGACGUCAUAGUCCCUAUGGAGGAGUUGGAGAAGAACUCAUUGGGAAUGGAGGAAAUCAGACACAGCUGCCUCCCCCUGUGCCACCACUUCCAUCUUUCAACCCCCAGCACAAUGGGAUAUAUACAUCCGGACCCAUAUAUGGUGUUCAUCCAGGAACAUUUGUAAAUGGUGGUUAUCACAGAAAUGGAUCCCUGGUCCCGUUUAACCCUAGUCUUCAGGGAUCGCUCAGUUCAGUCAGCAGUGGAGACAGAAAGAAACGAAAUGUGACGAUGGUAUAAUAAGUUCUUCUCAUGUUGGUAUUGGAACCAGUUCUUAAUCUAAUGUGCUGAAGCUUUAAAACGCCAACAUGUGGUUUUAUAUUAUCGAAAAAUGCUUAGUUCCAAUUGGGCACUUAGAAAGAGACUAUAUGUGAAAAUGUUAGUUUGGUUAUGGUGCCAAUCAAUAUGCGAGAACACGUGAAAAGAAAUAUCUUUUAUGAACGAUGUUCCCUUACACUAGUCAUGUACUGCAUCACAUUAAUUAUGAAAGUAGUGUAUAUAUAUCAUUGUUGCUAGGAUCUGAGACCUGAACAAUAACACACAAUCAUAAUGUUGGAGGUAGGAAGUGCACUUGUAUGCAUAAGGUUUGUUUAAUUGCAUACCUCAUGACACUGUUGCAUUCAUUGUGAAUGCCAUUAGAAAAUGUUGGUGGAAUAUUUCAUAGUACCAACAUGGCAUUAGCAAUGAGGGACUAAGAGAAAGAGAAACUUCAGGUAUGAUUGUCUUUUUCUGAACUAGGUUCCUCCUGUGUGUAAGUUAGAGGAGCACUUGAGCUAACCUCAAUUGAAAGGUAUGCUUGGGCACUUAUCAGUUUUAUAACCCCCCAUAAAUUUCUAAAUGCUUGCAGUGCUGACAGAAACAUGGUCUGAUAACUAUCAUUUAUGGAUGGGGUUGCAGAUGGCAGCAUUUGCAGCAGGUUUUAAGAUACUGUAUGCACGAAGGACAUAGAUGAAUGUGGUUGGUCCAACCAGGAUUUGAACUGAGUACCUCCCAAGAACAAUCAAGGAGUUGGGGUUCAUUUCCUGGUGGCUGGAAAGGGGGUUGAUUCUUAGCAGUGGCAAGAGACAGUUCUCCAUAACAACCAGACUGGUUCUGAGCCCCAUCCAGCUUCCUGUUCAGUGGGCUCUCUAGUGGUAAAGCAGUUGGUCUGUGAAAUGACCACUCGUCUCUGUCUGGUACCAAGUUCAAGAAUAGUGGAGCUAUACCUCCCUUUCCCCAUGUCUUCAUGGCAUGGUGCCCAAUUAAGCCCAAAUGUAAGUUUACCUAUUUUUAUUACUGCUUCUCUUUGGGCAUGCGGUAGUGUAGUUGAUUGAGGCACUAUGCUACAACCCGGAACAUUGCGGGUUCAAGUCCCGAUGA